UACAACAGCAAAAUCCUGUUGGCGAUGGCGGUCCUUCUGGUGAUCGUCGCAGCGUCAUCGGGAAAGGACCUCAACACCAGAAUGACUCCUGGAGAAAGGACUCAAGCAUUCGCCAAGAUGAAGGAGAGGUUCAAAAAGAUCGAGCCCGCUUGCAUACCCUCAGAGCACCCCGGUGAAAGUACCAAGCCAUUGCCGACGGUGCCAGACUCGUUCACCACCAACGUCGAGAUCGCUUUCGAAGAGAAAAAAAUGAAGGUCAUUUACGGUGCAGAGAGUUUCGAUGGUGUCCUGAACACAGGAGUUCUUCGCUACGAGUUAAGUGAAGGUAUCAUUCUAGGAAGACCUAAGGACCGACAAGAGAUAAUCCACUACAGCAUCCCAACGGACGAAGCUCUUUUUAUUAUCGCUAAUGAAGCGUGCGAGGACGAGGGAGAGGAGAACUGUGACCCCAAGAAGCGCUGCACCACGAAGGGUAAGCUUGAGGACCUCUCCGCCGAACUCCGCGAGCUGUUUGGUACAGGCGACGUGAACGGUAACGACGGGUGGACUAUGGUUGCUGGCGGGAUCCUGCAGUGGGGUCCGCAGUACAACUAAGAGACAGGGGCGGCCUCCGAUGCAGAGGGAUGCGACUGCGACAGAUUACGAAACCUGUAUCACCAGCCGGAUGAAAUGCUACCGUUGUCUACAUAUUUCUGGUCAGGUACCAUCGGAACGUGACAACCAACGGGUGCCCAAGUGCCAGUUGCCAUCGAGAUUUACGCCCCGGGCAAGUUGGGCCACAUUUUCCAGAGGGAGGUGAGCAGGUUCUGACUCUACGAUUUCUACAGGAGACGACGUCCGGAUCCAGACGAAUUUGAACCUCCGGUGGACGUCUACUGCCACGGGAGGAAAGACGUGUACGCUCCCCCACGCGCGCCCUUCUAUUUCGCCUACAAUGCCGAGUCCAUCGCGGGCUUCGACCUGCCCUUCCCCGCCGGCGACAACGAGACCACGACCGUCCACUUUACCACCGUCAUUUCCCAUUCCCAAUAUUAUGACUGGGAUGCUAAAGUAGUCAGAACGAAGUAUGUUCCAUGGUUCAUUUUUGGAGAAGAAAACAAGUAUGAAUACACCACGGAGCUCAUCCAAGACUUCCAGCAAGGAUUGACAUAUGAGAUCUUGGAACACCUGAAGAUCUGUAAUGUUAGGCCUAUAGAAAAUUUCACCAGCGCCGGCGACAUUACAGUCGGCGACGACGGUAGCGUGUCGAUGGUGCCUCCCUGGAUCUUCGCGGACUUGGAUGAGCCCAUGCAGUACAACGGCUUUCACUGGACCCGGGGAGUGGACGCGGACGUGUGGGUCGGACAGAAGAGGCACCAAAUUACCAGGCUGAAUGAGACUUACGUCUGGUACUACGCGUCGCCUUUCAUGUUGGACGAGAGCGAGAACUUGAGAGCGAAGGACGAGCAACCCACGCGAGGCGCCGCCCGCCUGUACAGGAGGCGAGAACCGAGCGUGGGCGUGAGGAUGCCGCCUCUGCCGGAAGAAUUCAAAGACACCCCCCCAGAAAUCGUGUCCAUGGACAAUAGCCCCCUCCGCUUCGAGAAAUACCUGUCCAUUCUGGCCGGACUCCCGCACUCAAUCUACAACAUCUACAACUAUGAAACAGAGCCGCCCUUGACCCACUCGCUCGACAUCUCGCUCUGCUACAAUCGCCGCCACGCAGGUAAGAUGCGCAACUUCGUCUUCGAUUUGCCGGACGACUCUCUCUCACGGGUUCAUUUCCUGCGAGACAAGCUGAAGUAUGCAACCCAGGCGGCUUUAGCAGAAGCUGGCGUGGUCUCUCCUCUCAGGAUCAACCGCCUCGUUCUCGAGGAACAUGAGGGUUUCCCUCUAAGGGUGCUCUUCAGCAUCCUAGACAAGCCGAGCGUGGUAGGAAACGCCCCGGGGGCCAUUCUCGAGAAUGACAUGAAUCAGGCCGCCUCCACGAUAGACUCAAUAAUAUCGCAGUCCAAGCUGGUCAUUGUUGUACAUCUGCCGGCCAUUGCGCUCCACCCAGAGGAGCCUGUGUAUGUAGCCAUUGUCCCGGUUCCUGGCUCUCUGAAGGAAGUGGACAGGGAUGGAUCCAGCAUUUAUGGAUAUGAAACAAAGCAGCCCUACCAAUCAGGAGACAUGGCCGGCCUCGCCAUCGGCAUGCUGUUACUGGGCGGACUGUUAGGGGUCGCCCUGAACAUGGUCCUGCAGCGUCGCGGGUCCGGCCAGGUCGGGCUCCCGCGCGUGAACCUGGCGCGCAAGUCAGCCCCAACGCCCGAAACCUCCAUCAACCUCAACGCGGAUCUCACGGCCUCUGAAACCUAGAUGAGAUCGCAGUUAUAACGUGUUUACUUUGAUAUUUAUGUAUUUAUAUAUAUGUUGAAAGAGUGUACUUAUGAAUAAUCUUAGAGAUGUAAGUAUUAACGUGAAAAAUUGUGCUGUAACUUCAUAGUUAUAACAAAGUACAUAACAUUAAUAAUGGUCUUAAGACCUAAUAUAGAAAUAGGUCCUGAUUUAUCUACAAUAUAUAAAUUCCCCAUUACACAGUAUUCAGAUCAGUUAAUAAUAUAAUAAUUUGGAAAUCUAAACUUAAUAUAUUGGUAGUAAAUUCUGACAAUAAUAAAGAAUUCUAAUAUGUAAAAUAUGUAGUCCUUUUGUAAGUAAAUGUGAAUGUAUGACGAGUUAAAUUCAGUGUUUAACUUCUAUUUUUUAGCUAAUGAACUGUAAUUCUGAG